AUGCAAACGGUAGGGUUCGAAAACGCGACAAGAUACAGAGGACAGUCGUCGGCGAGGGCGAGUGAGGAAGGUCAUCAAGAGAAUGUGGAGAUCACGCUCGACAUCAAGGAAGAUUCCAUCUCCGUAUACAACUCUAAGCCAUCAAAAGACGAGGAUCCAGGGAAAUCACGUCUUGGACAAAGCCGUUCGAUGAAGAAGAUCUCGGUGCUGAAACACCUAGAGUCAGUUUCUAACGAACUGAGACGACUUACUUCUUCAGUUCCGUUGACAUCGGAGACAAAACCACCGCGUAGAGCAGAGCUAGCGCUCAAGGGUCUCAAGUUCAUUACCAAGGCUGAUGGUGUCGCUGGUUGGCCUGGUGUUGAGAAAGAGUUCGCUAGGUUAACCGAGAAGACCGGUGGUUUAUUGCCCCGUUCCAACUUCGGUGAAUGUAUAGGGAUCAAGUCAAAGGGGUUUGCAGAGGCACUGUUCGACGCCUUAGCAAAGAGGCGAAACAUAACUGGAGAAGUAAUUAGCCAGGAUCAGUUGCAAGAAUUCUGGGAGCAGAUCAAUGAUCAGGACUUUGAUUCCAGGCUACGACUUUUCUUCGACAUGGCCGAUAUAGAUGCGGAUGGGAGGUUGACUGAAAACGAAGUACAAAAGAUUAUAACUCUAAGUGCUUCUGCCAACAACCUGGAUAAGAUUAGGGAUCAAGCAGCAGAAUAUGCUGCUUUGAUUAUGGAAGAACUAGAUCCAGAUGAUUGUGGGUACAUCAUGAUAGAGGCGCUCGAGGUGCUGCUGUUGCAAGGGCCAGCUGAGGCUAUCAGAGAUGUCAAGAGUAAGGAACUGAGCAUGUUGAUAAGUCAGCAGCUUGAAGUAUCACAGAGUAGGAAUCUCGGGAAGCGUUUGUACAGUGGGGUUAAGUAUUUUGUGUUGGAUAAUUGGAAGAGACUCUGGGUGAUGGCUCUAUGGAUAGCUGUUAUGGCCGGGCUGUUCACAUGGAAGUUUAUGGAGUAUCGAAAUAGACCAGCUUACCAAGUUAUGGGAGCUUGUGUUUGUAUAGCUAAAGGAGCUGGAGAGACCCUUAAACUGAAUAUGGCUAUUGUUUUGUUACCAGUUUGUAGGAACACCAUCACUUUGCUCCGGACCAAAACCAAGUUAAGUGUUGCUGUUCCUUUCGAUGACAACCUCAACUUCCACAAGGUCAUAGCAAUAGCAAUCUCAAUUGGGGUUGGAAUCCAUGCCACAGCUCAUUUAGCAUGUGAUUUCCCUCGGCUGAUAGCUGCAGAUGAAGAGACAUAUAAGCCAAUGGAGCAGUAUUUUGGUGUACAGCCAAAGAGUUAUGUAGAGUUUUUGAAGUCAGUGGAAGUAGUAACCGGGACCGUCAUGGUUAUAUUAAUGACCAUAAGCUUCACAUUGGCUACAUCAUGGCUUAGACGAAAUAACUCUGAGACUCUCCCUAAACCAUUGAAGAAAAUAAUUGGCUUCAACGCCUUCUGUUACACUCACCAUUUGUUUGUUAUCGUCUACACACUCCUAGUCAUUCACGGAUACUAUGUCUACCUCAUCAAGAUAUGGUACAAGAAGACGACAUGGAUGUACUUGAUGGUACCAGUGGUUAUUUACUUGUCUGAAAGGCUGGUUCGUGCGCUCAGGUCAAGAAUUGAGACUGUUAAGAUACUAAAGGUUGGUCUGUUACCAGGGAAACUCUUAUCGCUUCAUAUGUCAAGACCAGACAACUUCAGAUACAAAAGCGGACAAUACAUGUAUCUCAAAUGUUCUGAAGUGUCUUCAUUAGAAUGGCAUCCAUUCUCAAUUACAUCGGCUCCAGGAGAUGACUACCUUAGUGUUCACAUCAGGGGUCUAGGAGACUGGACUAACAAGUUAAGAUCAAAAUUCUCGGAGGUGUGUGCUGCCCCCACUGAUGAAAAUAGGCUUAAUAGUGGCGAUUUGAGAAACGGGAAUAGCUACCCUUACUGGCCAAAACUCGUAAUCGACGGUCCAUAUGGAGCACCAUCACAAGACUACAAGAACUUCGAAGUUGUUCUACUAGUGGGUCUAGGAAUCGGAGCUACUCCUAUGAUCAGCAUUAUCAAGGACAUAAUCAAUAACUUGAAAGUCAAUACUGGAGAUGAAGAAGAAGGAAGAGGCAGUAACCGGAACCACAACGUGGUCACACCUCCUCCUAUUUCUCCUGCAAGAAAGAGAGAGAUGUUCAUAACCAAGAGAGCAUACUUCCACUGGAGCACAAAAGAGCAAGGAACUUUUGACUGGUUCAAGAACGUGUUGGACGAAGUGGCCGAAGCAGAUGUUAACAACGUUAUAGAGCUGCAUAAUUACUGCAGCAGCAUCUACCAAGAAGGAGACGCGAGGUCCGCACUGAUCACGAUGCUCCAGUCGCUGUACCACGCCAAGAACGGAAGGGACAUUGUGUCGGGAACACUUGUCAUGUCCGAAUUCGCUAGGCCAAAAUGGAGGAGCAUUUACAAAAGGAUCGCUGUGAAGCAUCCCUACACCAGAGUUGGAGUGUUUUAUUGCGGACUAGCUGGAGCAGUGAAGGAGCACCAAGAUUUGGCAAAGGAAUUCUCUCAUAAAACCUCCACCAAAUUCUGUUUCCAUAAAGAAAAUUUCUAGAAAUUUACGUUUUCUGAUAUAAUAUAUUGUACACAUGGUGUGAGUUAAUAUUUUCUUUUACUGUGAAGUUAAAGUU